AUGUCCUCAAGGUUGAACGGUGCUCUCUCACCUCCUAUACCACUCAACAAUCGAUCAGGUGCUUCUUCACCUCAGAGACAGAAAUUCCCUUCAGAUACUUUACGUCCAUAUAUCAAGACGCUCUUAACCAAGACACUGACAAAUGCAAGUUGGGAUUCGAAUGAUAAAGCCAAGAUGGCAGCGUACAGUAAAGAGAUCUCAGAGAGAGUGAAACAACGUAUGAUCGAAAUUGAGCCUAGAGGAUUCAAGUAUAUUGUCACAACGACACUUUCUGAGAAUGCUGGACAGGCAGGGAGAGCAGACAUGUCAUGUCAUUGGGAAAAUACAGAUUCAGCCAUUCAGGAGAUGUUCAGUAAUGAAUCGAUAAUCUUCGUCUGUAUAGCGUUCGCUGUCCGAUUACCUUGA